UCCUCACGACUCCUAUAGACCGUCAUUCAUUGUUUAAAACACGAUUAGGAUAUUUGGAUAUUAUGUGCUAAAGAUGUCCCGUCUUCCCCCACCCUACUAUAUAUUCAACUAUAUCAUAGCAUAUGAUGUAACAGAACAAUCAAUAGGAUAUUUUAUGUCUAAUUUAUUCUAACUGUGCAUUAUUAUAAGCUAUAUACGUUAUGAGUGCAAUAUAUGUAUGGGUGCGUUGAAUAGGAAAGAAGUUUUAAUAAAUUGCUUUCAAAUAUACAAAAUAUAGUUGUUUUACAAACAUAAUGUCAAAUUAAGAACUUGUAAAAAAUGUGCGUCAAAUACGGUAACUUUAAAAGCAAAGUUAAAACUGCAAAAUUGACCCGGAAAUUGUGUUACCUUUGCACCGUGUGUUAAUAUUUGUGAGUUAUAGUGAACGUAUAGAAAGAUCAUUAAUAAUGCUGUUUGCUAGCCAUGGUCAUACAAAACGCAAUAUAUUCAGUAAAGGACGAAUUUAGUUUUAUUUUGCAUAGUUUUAUUCCAGCUUUUUUAGCAGAGUUUUGAAAUGUUUUUAAUUAAGUUGGCAGUGCUACAGAUUAGCGGUAUUCGAACAUAUUUUAUCGUUUAAAUAAAAAGCUUUAUUGGAAUUUUAGUUUUCUAGAAAGUUUAAGUUCUAGAACAUUGCGUACAAUGCUUGCAUUAUUAUCUCUUUGUGUCGUCAUAAUGUUAUUUGAUAUUUCCGAAUGCCAACAAUGCCGGUACGUUUGUGACGAAAACAAACAAUCUUUCGUGCACAUGGUGGGGCCAGUUGGCCCCCAAGGUGUCAGGGGGCUCCCUGGUCGCAUGGGGCCAAGGGGUUAUCCAGGGCGACCUGGCAGAAAUGCAGUAGUAACUAAGAAAGAAACUUUCGAGGAUAAAGUGACCGACCGAUUGGCAGAACUCGAAAGCAAGAUGACGUUGUUGUUGCUCCCUGAAACUUGCCAUAUGACGUCACAAUCAGGCUACAUUAAGCUGAGGUCAGGGGAAAUGACGUAUUGCGACGGUGGAUGGACGGUUUUCCAGCGGCGUUUCGACGGUAGCGUUAACUUCCAACGUGGUUGGCAUGACUACAAGAUCGGGUUCGGGAAUAUAACAACCGAAUUCUGGAUCGGGCUUGAGAAGAUACACUGCAUGACGUACAUGAAAGGUUGCAAACUACGGGUUGAUCUGUGGAGUUUUCAUGACGACCAUGCUUUCGCCGAGUACAGCUCAUUCUCCGUUGAAGCAGAAGGAGACCUCUACCGCCUCCACGUGGGCGGAUAUAGUGGAACGGCUGGAGAUAGUUUGUCACGUGACGAUGAGGGACAUGAUAACAUGGCGUUCUCAACCAUCGAUAGGGACAAUGACAGAAAUAACAAAGGCAAUUGCGCGUCGAACCAAAACGGGCCUUCUGGAGGCUGGUGGUUUAAUAAUUGCUUCCGUGCCCAAUUAAACGCACUAUGGGGAUCAUCCCAAGGACCAUGGCACAACAUAGUUUGGCGCAGCUGGUUGGGCGAAAACGUUGCAAUAAAAUCGACCAUGAUGAAAUUAAGAUGCAAUUAAAAUACGUUGUACAG